AUGGCACACCAUUCCGCGGUUGGGCAAUCCGAGGCCCAAAAAGGACGACAUGCACCCACAUCCCGAUCUCAGUCUCCGGAUUCUGCAUUGACCGCAGGCGACAACCAAAGUAUUGGAAACCAUGCCGCUGGCGUGCCGUAUGGUGUUUCUGUAGAGCAGGCCGAGGCUGAUUUUGUGCAAUUGCAAAGGGAGCUCACGGGUGCUUCUCGAGCGAGCCGUAGGCGCAGCGCCGUCAAGAACAUUGACCCCGAAAAGGCAGCUCCCGUAGACUCUAGAGGCACAGAUAAUGAGUCCCUAUUUGACCUCGAAACUGUCCUGCGCGGUAGCCUCGCUGCUGAAGAGGCCGCUGGGAUCAAGCCGAAGCACAUUGGGGUCUGCUGGGAUGGAUUGACGGUCAAGGGCAUCGGAGGCAUGGCCAACUACGUCCAGACAUUCCCCAAUGCAUUCAUCAACUUCUUCGACGUCAUAACGCCAGUCAUCAACCUGUUGGGCCUGGGGAAGAGACCGCCCGAGGCAACCCUUCUCGACAGCUUCCAGGGCGUGUGCAAUCCUGGAGAAAUGGUCCUCGUCCUAGGCAAGCCGGGAUCCGGCUGCACGACAUUCCUCAAGACCAUUGCUAACCAAAGGCACGGAUACACCAGCGUUCAGGGAGACGUCUUUUACGGCCCUUGGACGGCCAAGGAGUUCACUCGCUAUAGAGCCGAGGCUUUGUACAAUGCCGAGGACGACAUUCAUCACCCGACUCUUACAGUAGAACAGACGCUGGGGUUUGCCCUCGACACCAAGAUGCCCGCCAAACGGCCUGCAAAUAUGACCCAGGACGACUUUAAGGAGCAUGUCAUUUCCACCCUGCUCAAGAUGUUCAAUAUAGAGCACACUAGAAAAACGGUUGUGGGCGAUCAUUUCGUCAGGGGCAUCUCGGGUGGCGAGCGGAAACGAGUCUCCAUUGCAGAGAUGAUGAUCUCCAAUGCCUGCAUCCUGUCCUGGGAUAACAGCACGCGCGGUCUUGAUGCCAGUACCGCCUUGGACUUUACAAGAUCACUUCGCAUUCUGACCAACUUGUACAAGACGACCACCUUCGUGUCCCUGUAUCAGGCAUCCGAGAACAUUUACAGGCUCUUUGACAAGGUCAUGGUGAUUGACGAAGGCAAGCAAGUCUACUUUGGUCCUGCCAACCAAGCCCGAAGCUACUUUGAAGGACUCGGAUUCGCUCCAAGGCCUCGACAAACCACACCGGACUACUUGACCGGCUGCACCGACGAAUUCGAAAGACAGUACGCGCCGGGAUGCUCCGAAAACAACUCACCGCACAGCCCGGAUACUCUGCGCGAAGCAUUCCGCAAGUCCAACUACCAGAAGAAGCUCGAGUCCGAGAUUGCGGAAUACAAGGCCAACUUGGACCAAGAGAAGCACAAGCACAAUGACUUCCAGAUUGCCGUCAAGGAAAGCAAACGAGGCGCUUCCAAGCGAUCCGUCUAUCAGGUCGGCUUCCACCUACAGGUAUGGGCCCUUAUGAAGCGGCAGUUCACUCUCAAGCUCCAAGAUCGGUUCAACCUCACGCUUGCAUGGGUCCGAAGUAUCGUCAUUGCCAUUGUCCUCGGCACGCUCUAUCUCAACUUGGAAAAGACCUCUGCCAGUGCCUUUAGCAAAGGCGGUCUUCUCUUCGUGGCCCUUUUGUUCAAUGCGUUUCAGGCGUUUUCCGAGUUGGCAUCAACAAUGUUGGGCAGGGCGAUUGUGAAUAAGCACAAGGCCUACGGCUAUCACAGGCCCUCAAGCCUGUGGAUUUCACAGAUCCUGGUGGACCAGGCGUUUGCUGCGAGCGAGAUCAUGCUAUUCUCCAUCAUUGUGUACUUCAUGAGUGGCCUAGUGAGGGAUGCCGGCGCGUUCUUCACCUUCUACCUCAUGAUCCUGUCGGGAAACAUUGCCAUGACGCUAUUCUUCCGAAUCAUCGGCUGUGCGAGCCCCGACUUCGAUUAUGCCAUCAAGUUUGCUGUUGUCAUCAUUACGCUCUUCGUCACAACCUCCGGGUACAUCAUUCAGUAUCAGUCUGAAAAAGUGUGGCUUCGAUGGAUCUACUGGGUGAACCCGCUUGGCCUCAUCUUUAGCUCACUGAUGCAGAAUGAAUUUCAACGCAUUGACAUGACUUGCACUGCUGAUUCGUUGAUUCCUUCUGGGCCGGGAUACACCGAUAUUAACCAUCAGGUCUGCACGCUGCCCGGCUCCAACGCGGGAACAACAUUUGUUGCAGGGCCAGAUUACAUUGCACAAGGCUUUUCGUACUAUCCCGGCGACCUGUGGCGGAACUGGGGGAUUGUCCUGAGCAUCAUCAUUUUCUUCCUGAUUCUCAACGUUGUGCUCGGCGAGGUGGUCAAGUUUGGGAUGGGAGGCAACUCAUUCAAGGUUUAUCAACGCCCUAAUAAGGAACGCGCAGCCUUGAAUGAGAAGCUGCUAGAGAAGCGAGAGGCCAGACGCAAAGACAAGUCGAACGAAGUUGGAUCUGAUCUAAGCAUAAAGUCGGAAAGUAUCCUCACAUGGGAGAAUCUCAACUAUAAUGUCCCGGUCCCCGGAGGCACACGCCGCCUUCUCAACAAUGUAUUCGGCUAUGUUCGACCUGGUGAGCUGACGGCUCUCAUGGGCGCCUCGGGGGCCGGCAAAACGACCCUUCUCGACGUUCUCGCUUCCCGUAAGAACAUCGGCGUCAUCACUGGUGAUGUUCUCGUCGAUGGCUUCAAGCCUGGCAAGCAGUUCCAGCGAUCAACGUCGUAUGCCGAACAACUUGAUCUGCACGAGCCGACGCAGACUGUUCGUGAGGCCUUGCGGUUCUCCGCCGACCUUCGCCAGCCGUAUGAGACCCCCCUGGCCGAACGCCACGCAUACGUUGAGGAGAUCAUUGCCUUGUUGGAAAUGGAACACAUUGCAGACUGCAUCAUUGGCACCGCGGAAGCUGGUCUGACUGUCGAGCAGCGCAAGCGAGUCACCAUCGGCGUUGAGCUUGCUGCCAAGCCAGAGCUUCUCCUCUUUCUGGAUGAGCCCACGUCCGGGCUUGACAGCCAGAGUGCGUUCAAUAUUGUCCGAUUCCUCAAGAAGCUCGCUGCGGCAGGACAAGCUAUUCUCUGCACAAUCCACCAACCCAACGCUGCUCUGUUUGAAAACUUUGAUCGGCUCUUGCUCCUCCAGCGUGGCGGACGGACCGUCUACUUUGGAGACAUUGGUGAAGACGCUGCCAUCUUGCGGGCAUAUCUCAGACGUCAUGGGGCCGAGGCCGCUCCUACGGACAACGUCGCCGAGUUCAUGCUCGAGGCCAUUGGUGCCGGCAGUUCGCCUCGAGUUGGUGAGCGUGACUGGGCUGACAUCUGGGACGAGAGUCCCGAACUCGAGCGUGCCAAGAAGGCUAUUGUUGAAAUGAGAGAGGAGCGAAAAUCCGUGGCUCAGCACGCGAACCCCGACCUGGAGAAGGAAUAUGCCUCGCCGGUUCACCACCAAAUCAGGAUCGUGGUUCGCCGCAUGUUCCGUGCAUUCUGGCGCACGCCAAACUAUCUCUUUACUCGGCUGUUCAGCCACUUUGCCGUGGCCUUUGUUUCCGGCCUGACGUAUCUCAACCUCGAUACGUCCAGAUCCUCGCUCCAGUACACAGUCUUCGUCAUCUUCCAGGUCACGGUUCUGCCAGCCCUCAUCAUCUCCCAAGUGGAAGUCAUGUUCCAUAUCAAGCGAGCCCUCUUUUUCCGCGAAGCCUCAUCCAAGAUGUACUCGCCCAUGACCUUUGCCACGGCUAUUGUCGCCGCCGAGAUGCCGUACUCGAUCCUGUGCGCAGUCGUCUUCUUUGUCUGCCUGUACUUUAUGCCGGGCCUAGACCCCACGCCUUCACGAGCCGGCUAUCAAUUCUUCAUGGUUCUCAUCACCGAAGUCUUUGCCGUCACCAUGGGCCAAGGCCUUGCGUCGCUGACGCCCUCGCCCCGAAUUUCGGCCCAAUUCGACCCCUUCAUCAUCAUCAUAUUCGCUCUCUUCUGUGGCGUCACCAUCCCGGCGCCCCAAAUGCCAGGCUUCUGGCGCGCUUGGCUCUACCAACUCGACCCCUUCACCCGGCUCAUCGGCGGCAUGGUAACAACGGCUCUGCACGGGCUCCAGGUCGUUUGUACCUCGUCUGAGUUGAACCGCUUCACGGCACCCAGCAACAUGACAUGCGGGGAGUACAUGACGCCGUUUUUCGAGCGUGGUGCGCCGGGAUAUCUCGUCAGCAAUGAUACGCAGAAUUGCGAGUAUUGCGCGUACAAGAUUGGUGACGAGUUUUACGGACGGCUCAACAUGUCGUUUGAUAAUCGGUGGAGAGAUUUGGGUAUUUAUAUAGCCUUUAUUGGCAGCAAUCUCAUCAUUCUUUUUACCGCGAGUCGAUUCUUGAACUUUAAUAGGAGGUAG